AAUCGAUCCCUUGUUUGCUCUUAAUUGCCUUUUGCUGCCCGCCACAUCCAUCCUUUCUGUUCGAUCCGAAGGUUCGAACAACGAUCACGAUGGAGUCGCAGCACGAGCCAAAGCACCAUGCCGAUCCCCUCGUGGAGGUCAACUCACACUCCAAGUCGGAAAACCCGUCAUCGGUGACUGCGCCCAUCAACGCCUCCGGCCACAAGCAGGAGCUGGAGCGGAACUUUGGCUUCAUCAACAUCUGUGGCUUGGCCCUGACCAGUGGGAACACCUGGAUUGCUUUGGGUGGAAGUAUCGUCACAGCCAUCUAUGAUGGAGGUCCGCCCGGUGUGAUCUAUGAGAUGAUCGCAGCCUCAGUCUUCUACUGGUUCAUCGCCGCAUCACUGGCCGAGCUGGCCUCGUCCAUGCCGUCAUCCGGUGGAGUCUACCACUGGGCUACCAUUACCGCUGGAAAAUACGGUCGAGUUUGUGGUUUCUUCGCUGGCUGGUGGAACUUCCUGGCCUGGAUCUUUGGCGCUGCCUCGACCACCCAGAUUCUCGCCACGCAGGUCGUAUCCGCAUACGCCUUGUUCCACCCCGAAUAUGUCAUCGCGCGUUGGCAUGUGUUUAUCGCCUACCUGAUCUGCUCCAUAGGCUGCUGUCUUGUGGUCGCAUUCGCCAACCGCGCCCUGCCCAUGAUCGAGUCGGUGGGCGGAUUCUUGGUUGUCGGCGGCUUCCUCGUCACUGUUAUUGUCUGCGCCGUGAUGCCUUAUGUAAACGGACAGCCGUAUGCCUCCAACGACUUCGUUUGGAGCGACUGGCUGAACGAGUCCGGCUAUAGCAGUAACGGGUUUGUCUUCUGUCUGGGUAUGCUUAACGGUGCCUUCGCGGUCGGCACACCGGAUGUCAUUUCCCAUUUGGCCGAAGAGGUGCCCAACCCGGGUAAAACCAUCCCUCUGGGCAUGCUGGCCCAGUAUGUCAUGGGAUUCUUCACCGCGCUGCUUUACUGCAUCGUCAUCUUCUAUGGCAUCACCGACCUCACUGCCGUUCUCGACGCUCCCUACCUCUUCCCUCUCACCGAGAUCUACGUCCAAAUCACCGGCAGCCGCGGCGGGUCUCUCGGCUUGAUCAUCGUCUCCAUGCUUCCAUUGUUCGUCGCCAUCAUCGGUUGCUACCUGACGUCCAGCCGUGUCCUCUGGACUCUGGCCCGUGACGGUGCCACGCCCUUCAGCCGCUGCCUUGGUCAGGUAAACCACACCUUCAAGAACCCGCUGAACUCCGUCCUCGUCUGCGGUCUGAUUCCUAUUGUCCUUGGCUGCAUCUAUGUCGGUAACUCGAGUGCCUUCAGUGCUUUCGUCAGCUCAUUUGCCGUUUUGACCACUAUCUCUUACCUUGCCGCCAUCCUCCCCCAUCUGCUCAGCGGCCGCAAGGGCAUCCCCCGCGGCUGGUUUUGGAUGAGCGGAAUCACAGGGUACAUUGUCAACAUUGUGACAUGUCUGUACAUUGUGGUAUUCAUUGUGAUCUUCUGUUUCCCCUUCUCGAUGCCCAUCGAUGCGGAAACGAUGAACUACACCGCUCUGAUCACGGGUGGCUUCACCAUUUUCAUCGCGAUUUUCUGGUUCAUUCGUCAGGGCAGCUACACGGGUCCCAAGGCCGUGUCGCAGGAGAACGAAGAGUUGGCGAUGGAUGCGAUCUAAUUUGUUUCUGACAAAGGGGAUCUGUGCGGUAUAUGGUGGUGGAUACAAAUAUUAUAUU